AUGGUCUCAGCUGGCCACCAAGAGCACAAGGAGACAGGAAACGUUCCAGUCGGGUAUCCCUCAGGUGCAACAAUCGACUGGAUUAACUCACAACCACGGACAGGACUCGUGGAACAAAUCAGAACAGUUGCCAAGGGAGCACAGAUGACAACAUAUAGCACCAUUAAAGGUUAUCUUGAUCAGUGCAUAGAUGGGACCAUUAUGAUCUGAUCUAUAGCCCUUGAGAUUCCCAAAUAUAAAGAGUGGUUUGACUACACCUGAGUAUUUAGACAUCCAGCUGUAGCUAGGCUCACUCCAAAGGAAUUUCCUAAUCUGACCACAGCAGCAAAUUACUCCUUACUUUUCAGGAUUUGCAGCACCAAAACAUAUACCAGGAGUGACAGUUACAGUCCCCUCCUUGGCCACUACCUCCAUCAGACAAACCAAAUGGGGAGACACCAAUGUGCAAGAGGCCCUAACGGCUGUGGGGACGGCGGAAAGCAGGUGAGAAGUAAACAUGAUGCCCCAAUCGACGGCGCGCCCGCCGAGCUCGCCGCCCCACAUGCCGCAGCCACCACCGGGUGGAGGCGGGAAAGGCCCUGGCGACCGCUCCCGAGACAACGAGGUCGGGAGUUAGCCCCACACGUCGCGUGGAGCGACGACACCACGCCUGCCUCACCACAGGCGCCCCUCAUUGGACCCGCCCUCCACAUCCGCCCGCCAAUCGUCGUCCACGCCGCCUGCCGCCGUUUCUCCACAGCCAACCUCGAAAAACAACCGUCGUUCCCGGGCGCAGCGGCCGCGCCUGCGCACCGUCUCCAGAGGCAGGCGAGGCGCUGUCAGUGCGCUUGCUCCGCCCUUGAGCGCUUUCCCCGCACAUUUUGA